AAAGAAAAUACAUUUUUCAUUUUUGUUUCUUGACAAAACUCUGAAGACACGAAAAGAUGGGAAUAGCUUUUUCUUUUUCCAUAUUCUUUUAAACAGGACUAUAUAUUUAACAACGAAGUCAAGAUCUGAAUGGGACCCAUUUAACACACACUGCACCAUCUGUUUCUCUUUGUCUUCACCAUUUCUCUCUCUCUCUCUCUCUCUGUCUCUCUGUUUUACUUACCCCCAAUCUUCUAGGGCUUAAUUAUAGAGAGAGAGAGAGAGUGACACAGGGGAAAAGACAGCAAACUAAAACCUAACCAAUAAUCCAAUCCCUGAUUGAUAAUAAUUGUUUCCCAAAAGGCCUAAGUUUCAUUAUUUUGAACUUCUCAGAGAUCAGAAGAUGAGCUUUUCGGGUUCGGAUUUGGUUAGGUAUAUUGAGUCAGUACUGGGAGUUGAACUGGGAGGGAGUCCAAUGUCUGACUCCGUUGUUGUUAUAAUUACUACGUCGUUUGCGGUUAUUAUAGGAUUGUUGGUGUUUUUAUGGAAGAGAUCAUCGGAUCGGAGCAAAGAGGUAACGCCUCUGGUGGUUCCAAAGUCACUUUCUGUGAAAGAUGAGGAGGAUGAAGCUGAGACUCUUGCUGGUAAGACUAAAGUUACUAUCUUUUACGGUACUCAGACUGGUACUGCCGAGGGAUUUGCUAAGGCCUUAGCUGAGGAGAUUAAGGCAAGAUAUGAGAAAGCAGCUGUUAAAGUUGUUGACCUGGAUGAUUAUGCAAUGGAUGAUGACCAGUAUGAAGAAAAAUUGAAGAAGGAGACUUUGACUUUUUUCAUGGUUGCCACUUAUGGAGAUGGAGAGCCAACUGAUAAUGCUGCAAGAUUCUAUAAGUGGUUUACUGAGGAACAUGAAAGGGGAGUAUGGCUUCAACAGCUCACUUAUGGCAUUUUUGGCUUGGGUAAUCGUCAAUAUGAACACUUUAAUAAGAUAGCAAAGGUGCUUGAUGAACAACUUAACGAACAAGGAGCAAAACGCCUUAUUCCUGUUGGUCUGGGAGACGAUGAUCAAUGCAUUGAAGAUGAUUUUACUGCUUGGCGAGAGUUAUUGUGGCCUGAGUUAGACAAUUUACUUAGAGAUGAAGAUGAUGUGAAUGGUGCAUCUACUCCUUAUACAGCUGCUAUUCCUGAAUACCGGGUGGUAAUUCAUGAUGCUUCUGCAACAUCUUGUGAGGAUAAAUCAGUUUUGGAAAAUGGAAAUACUUCUAUCGAUAUUCACCAUCCAUGCAGAGUUAAUGUGGCCGUUCAAAAAGAGCUCCACAAACCAGAAUCUGACAGGUCAUGCAUACAUUUGGAGUUCGAUAUAUCAGGGACUGGCAUUAUAUAUGAAACUGGGGACCAUGUUGGUGUUUAUGCUGAAAACUUUGAAGAAAAUGUGGAAGAAGCAGGGAAGUUGUUGGGUCAACCUUUAGAUUUGCUAUUUUCUAUUCAUGCUGACAAUGAAGAUGGAGCACCCCUAGGAAGCUCAUUAGCUCCUCCAUUCCCAGGGCCUUGCACACUCCGCACUGCUUUGUCACAUUAUGCAGAUCUCCUGAAUCCUCCACGAAAGGCUGCUUUGAUUGCUUUGGCUGCUCAUGCCAGUGAACCUAGUGAGGCUGAGAGACUCAAGUAUUUAUCGUCGCCAGAGGGCAAGGACGAGUACUCUCAGUGGAUUGUUGGCAGUCAGAGAAGUCUCCUUGAGGUAAUGGCUGAGUUCCCAUCUGCAAGACCUCCUCUUGGUGUAUUUUUUGCAGCAAUUGCUCCUCGUCUACAACCUCGCUACUAUUCUAUCUCAUCCUCUCCUAGAUUUGCACUCAGUAGAGUACAUGUGACUUGUGCUUUGGUCUAUGGUCCAACGCCGACUGGUAGAAUUCACAAAGGGGUGUGCUCAACCUGGAUGAAGAAUGCAGUUCCUUUGGAGAAAAGCCAUGACUCUAGUUGGGCUCCCGUUUUUAUUAGGACAUCUAAUUUCAAGUUACCAACCGAUCCUUCAAUUCCAAUUAUCAUGGUGGGCCCUGGUACUGGAUUGGCACCAUUCAGAGGAUUUCUUCAGGAAAGAAUGGCCCUGAAAGAGGAUGGUGCUCAGCUUGGUCCUGCUCUGCUCUUCUUUGGAUGUAGAAAUCGCCGAAUGGAUUUCAUAUAUGAGGAUGAGCUCAACUACUUUGUCGAACAAGGUGUGAUAUCUGAGCUGAUUGUUGCAUUCUCAAGGGAAGGACCACAAAAGGAGUAUGUUCAGCAUAAGAUGAUGGAUAAAGCAGCACAAAUUUGGAGCCUAAUUUCUGAGAGGGGAUAUAUUUAUGUAUGUGGUGAUGCCAAGGGUAUGGCGAGGGAUGUUCAUCGGACUUUGCAUACUAUUGUUCAGGAGCAGGGAAAUUUAGAUUCAUCUAAGACAGAGUCUAUGGUUAAGAAGCUACAGAUGGAUGGACGAUAUCUUAGAGAUGUCUGGUGAUAGCUCCAUUAACAUUCAAGCUAAGGUGGUGGUUUGCAGUGACCUUAUGGGUAUAGCAUUGAAUUCAUUCAUCCAUUUGCUCCAGCUUCUUGACCAGUAUAUACCUACCGGCCCUGGGUUCCGGCAAGGUUGACAAUGAUGGUGGAAACCAAAACUUGACCUCUCCUUUGAAAAAAAAAAAAAAAGAACUAAAAUUGUGUUCUCCACCUGCUACCCUCUCAUGGUUUUGAACUUUUAUAUUUUGAUCUUUUUUUUUUUUUUCAAAUACAAGGAUCUGGUAAUUUCCUGAGUGUCCUAAAUUAAAAAAAAAAUCAAACAGGUAAUAGCAUGUAGCUAGUUACAAAUUGUUGAAAGAUGAUAGCGCGGGGGCAUGUACGAGUCAUUGUAGUUAAACAAAACGAUGGUGACGUAGCAUAAAUUGAAGAUAAGCUUUAAAAACUAAACGCAAUAAUAAACUUGUAUCCAGUUUGUGAA